UCGCAGUUUGGGAGACGUCCGCCAUCGAGUGACUUCCGGGUUAAAGUGCCUACUUUCUGUGUGCGAUUGUGCUGUUUCCUUUUUUCUCUGGUAUCUGUUCAGCCACUUCCGGAUGAGUGAUCCUCCGAAAUUGAAUUUUAUAUCACUGCAGUUCGCGAAAGAGUGUGGGGACAGGCGGUCAUCAUCACAUUAACGAUAGGAAAACGGCCGGUUGGAGUGAAUGUGAAGAAGGGAAACAUUAAUAGCUGGUGUAGUUAGUUCCUGUGGAUCGCGGAUGCAUUAUCGUUUCGUGUUUUAGCCUUCCCUAUUCUCGGUGCGUGCCAAAAGUUGUGUCGGUGGUGCCCAUCCACUACUAACGAGCGUGGAUUGCCGGUGAGGUGUACCAACACCACGACGGACAUCGGAAUAUGCUGCGCUGCUGGAAAGUGCUACGUGAUAUUUGCGAAAAGUAGGCUGCUUCACCCAGCAUCGAUUGAGAAUAAGUUUUUAGGAGGCUGCGGGAGAAUGAAAAGUACAACAAAAGUGUGAAAAAAAAAGGAAACUGACUACAGAAAGCAAUAUCGCGAAUGAGUUCGGUUGUGCGAGAGGAGGAGGACCUGCAACGAAGAGAUAGGGCGCGAUAAAAGAGACGGACACGAACUAUGAAUACUUAAUUCCUUGUGCCUGCCUGGCAUAUAUAUAUACCCACCAGCUUGCCGCAUGUGUAACGGCCAGUAACAGCGCGCACUGUUAGGAUCCAGUUUAGUUAGUGUGUUUUUCUUAUUUCCUUUGGAGUAGCGCCCCAACCGAACGGAGAAGAGGAGGAGGAGCGCAGGACGUUCAUACGCUUUUCCUGUGAGAUCGCGGAUUUUUGCAUUUGUGUGUUUGUGCGUGAAUGUGUGCUCUGUAUAAGUGAAUGCGUGAAUGCUGGCGUGCAUUAUUAAGCCAGCUGUGUUUCGAUGUGCGAAAAAGAAACAUAAAAACAUUGAUGUGUCUGCUACGAAAGAAAGUUUCGUACAACGGGGUGACAACACAUCAGCAUCAUCUGUCGUCAAUAUAGCGCCAGAACGGCGUGCAUUAGUUUGUUUAAACGUGUGCCUAGUAAACGUUUAUUUAUUUAUUUAUUUGUUUUGUUUUGCACCUAAAAGUGUGCAAUCGGGGGGAACAAUUACGAGAUAGAAAUAAGGGUUCACUACACUCGAGUUGGAAGAAAAUACCGGCAAUCUUGAACUUUGCCGACCAGUUCCACGAAACGUGUGCGCGAGCUUUUCGACCGCCUCGGAGAUAGCAGAUCUGACUGUGAGUCCUGUGUCAACAGCAUCUGGCAGAAGAGAGAGGAAGGAGUGUUUCGAAAACAUUUCCGAUUUCGCUGCUAAGGACGAACGCUUCGGAACGAAACACAGCGGAUAUACUCUGUACCUGGAAGUUGUCGGCCAGAGGCUAAGAAACGACAGUUGGCAACGAACACUACAUAGACGUUUGUCGUUCCUUUAACCGCACUGUUCUUGCGAGUGUGUUGGUAAAGCAGCGUCUCAUGACCAACCACACUACGGCUGUGCAUUAGAAUCGAACGGAUGCUUCGUCGCCGGUUUUGUGUGCGGACUAGAGUGUAACCAAAUAUUGUAUGCUUGUGUGCUCGAAUCGCUUGAAUCGCAAAAUUCGUCAUAGCCGCCGUGAACACUCCUCCAUCGUGUUUACUCUCGUGUGAGUAAAAGUGUGAGCUUUUGCAAGUACUUGGAAGAGGGGCCAAAGGCACGCCGCGACACCCAAAACAGGACGACGAGGAUUUGAGUUCUCUCCCGAGAGUGCGCAACAUACCGACGAAGGGAUGCCUUCCCUGCAACAGACCACCUUCAAGGACUUCCCCAGCCCGGACAUUGCCAGAUCGCUGACGGGGCCAGAUAUUCUGCAGAAGCAUUCCAUAAAUUCGCUACUGCUGGAGCACAAUGAGAUCAUCUCCCGAGGAUUGCCGUCACCGAUCGAAGAUAACAUAUCUCUGGCAGAUCUUCUAGGCAGCUCGCAGACAUCAUCCUCUCCAACAUCGGCAUCUGUUUCGUCGCUGGUGACGAACUCAUCUGCCGGCAUGGCGGCAGGUAAAGGUACCGGCCUCCAUCCAACCAGCCUUGCCCUUGCGCACCCCAAUCACCAUCCGCAUCUGCAGCAAAGCCAGCUAAAUCAUCAGCAGCAGCAGCAUCAUGCCACGCUCGGGUCAUUCUCGUCGCUUGGUGCGUCCUUAGGGAGCAACGGUAUGGUUGGCGCGGCGACGACGGUUUGUGACGACAGUGCCAGCAGCAUGCUUAGUUCGGCCGGUGGCAGCAGUACGACGAGUGGAUCCGUUACGUCGAAUCCGUUCAACUUCACCAGUUUGCGAAUUCCGAGUCCAACGCUUAACUCACCGGAUCUGCUGUUGAACGGUGGUUUGAUUGGAGGUGGUAUCGCCGGCAGCAGUAGCAGUAGCAGCAGCAGCAGCAGCAGCAGCAGUAGCGGAAUCAGUUGCGGAGAGAUGGGAAGUGGUGGCAGCGGCCAAUCUCCGACCACGACACACUCGUUCUACUCGAGCUUGCUGCCGCAACAGAACCAACAACAGCCGGGAAGCAGCAGUAGCAGCUCAGGAGGAACCACAACCGAUGCCUUAAUUUCAGCUUCGUCGAAUGGUAGUGCUGGUGGUGCUGGUGGGGUGUACGAUGGAUUUCGGUUUGAUUUGAUGCUUGGCUGCGGAAAUGACGGAAUAGCAGCGGCAGCAGCAUCUAAUGGACUGACUACCGAAACACUGAAACAGCGACGACGAAACAUUAGUUUCGACUGUUCCUCGCCGACCCACGGCAUAUCUUCGACCGGCGAAGGAGCAUCCCCCGCCCUUACAUUGCUUUGCUCCAGUAAUGGGCGAAAUUAUCGGAACGGUAGCUUUUCGCAGCCUCCACAAAACACCAGCCAUCAUCAACAGCAACAAUCAACGAGCGUACAGCAACAGUAUGACAUGCUGGCGGGCGGCAAUAGUGGAGGAUCUAAUGGCGGCGGAGGUGUUGCAGCCAACAGUGCUGCCGGCGUUGGAAUGGGCGAAUUUGAUUCUAUCAAUGCCGGCAACAGUUCACUGUCGCUGUUCGAACCCGGAAAUGGGGCAAUGUCCCGUGCGCACUCACCGCCAGACCAUACGGACACCAGCAACCUGCUAACGACCCUGGAAAGCACUAGCCUAAUGGAUAUGCUCAACAUGUUUACUCUAGGUCAGAGUACGAAUUCCUUGACUGGACAUCAGGCCACCACCCAACAACAUUCUCAUAAUCAAUUUGCACCUUACACUUCGACUCCAAUCACGCCCUACCAGCAGCAGCAACAGCAGCAACAGCAAUCAACUGGAUCGUUCAGUGGAGGAAGCUUGGCUAGCUUGUCAUCUAGCUUGGGUCUCGCGAACAACAACGUGUUUAACAGUGAUUACGAACGUUUGCAAAAGCUACAAACAUUUAACACGCUACGCCUUCUGCACCAAUCCCAGCAAAAGUCGCAACUGCAACAGCUGCAGUUCAACCAGUCGCUGCUGUCAGCUACAACAGCCGGCAAUGGUGGGAAUGUGUUUGGAAGUUGUAGCAGUAUUGCUACGAACAGUACCGUUGGUAAUGGCAGCAGCAGCAACAGCAGUGGUAAUCACAACAGUGGCUUGCCGGGCAAAAAUUGGUCCUCAGCCCAACAACAUCAGCAGCAACAGCGUCAGAGUUCCUCAUCUCCCUCACUAAACGGUGGAUCUGGUAGUGGUGGUGGUGGUGGUAGCGGAUACACCGAUGUAAAUCUGGAUCGUAUCGCCAAAAUUUAUCGAUCCUCUGCGGCACAUUACGAUGCCACCUGUACUUGGAGCGGUGUUUUGCCACCUCGCUCAAAUCGUUUGGUGACGUACUCUUCGAAAAUAUUCCUCGGUGGCAUGCCGUGGGAUAUAAGCGAACAAUCGUUGGUGCAAAUAUUCAAACCGUUUGGCUCAAUCAAGGUGGAAUGGCCUGGCAAGGAGCAACAAGCGACACAACCGAAAGGCUACGUAUACAUCAUUUUCGAAUCCGACAAACAAGUAAAAGCAUUGUUACAGGCAUGCACCUACACUAAUACUACCCCAAACGGUGGCAGUAUUCACGGUAGUGCUCAUGGUGGGAUAAACACAGGUAAAUAUAUAAAGAGCCACACCACCAUGGUGGGUGGUGGCUUUCGAGACGUUUUAGCUAAUUUAAAUCGCCAACUUGCCCCCCCUCCCCUAGGUGCGAAGAUCAACUUCAAGAUAUCCUCGAAGCGCAUUAAGUCGAAGGACGUUGAGGUGAUUCCGUGGAACAUUGCCGAUUCAAAUUAUGUCAAGUCGUCGUCGCAGAAGCUGGACCCGACCAAAACGGUGUUCGUAGGGGCACUCCACGGCCAGCUGACGGCAGAGGGUUUGGCGAUGAUCAUGAACGAUCUGUUCGAUGGUGUCAUGUACGUGGGCAUCGAUACGGAUAAGUACAAGUAUCCGCUUGGAUCGGCUCGCGUCACGUUCAACAAUUCACGGUCGUACAUGAAAGCUGUUUCGGCUGCGUUCAUUGAGAUUCGCACCGCCAAAUUCACCAAGAAACUGCAGGUGGAUCCGUAUCUGGAGGAUUCGCUCUGUUCCAUGUGCACUGUACAACACGGACCAUACUUUUGCCGCGAAAGCAUGUGCUUCAGAUACUUUUGCCGUUCCUGCUGGCAAAUACAACAUAGCCGGGGAGUGUAUCUGCAAAAUCACAAACCACUGACAAGGAAUUCAAAAUUCACUGCUAUCAUUGGAGUUGGUCCCCAGCAGCAGCAGCAGCAGCAACAUGUUUCCAGCAGCUGCGGCAACAAUGGUAACCAUCACCAACAACAUCAACCAUCGUCGUAUGAUCACAGCUCGUACUACAAUGGGCCACAACAUCACCACCACCACCACCACCAGGCGGGUGGUCAUCAUCAUGGUAGUGGAUCCGGUGGCCAUACGCCGCACAAUCAGUACCAUCAUCACCACAGCAGCAGUCAUCAUCAUCAGCAGCAAAGUAAUCGUUUAGGGCUGCUGCAGCAACAACAAUACCGCGCACUGGCAAAGUCUCCAUCACCUUCGUUAGGUAGCUUCACCGAAAGCUCUAGUAAUGCCAGCAACGGCGGCAACACUAGCUACCCUAGCAGCAACAGUUCUAGCCCUAUUGGAAACAACACCCGUAGCAAUGCCAGCAGUUGCACUGCUAACAACAGCCUUAACGUCAACACAAGUAACGCAGAGAGCAGCAGUGGUAAUAGUAGUGGUGACCUGCCACAACUUAACUAUGGUGCCGGCGGCAACGGUGGUAACGGUGGUGGUGGUGGUGGUUUGCUCAUUUAAAGUCCCAAGUUAUUUAACCGGAAGUUCUAAUUAUUUAUAUCAUAUUCCAUUUUCUCUUUCGAUAAUUGAUCCAAUUUUUCUUCUUUUGUUUUCCGUCAUUUGUGUGGGCACACACGUGAGAGCGCGUUUCAUUUUGUUAUUCGCCAGUUUUUAUUUCAACGGCGUUUUUUCUCUUUCUUCUCUCUCGUGUCCUUUAUUACUCACUUCUGCCCACGGCGGCGGGGUGGUUAGUAUUUUAGUGUAGUAAUUGUGUUUUUGCUAUUCUGCUGCUUUGAACCAUGCUUGCUUGCUUCUUUGUCGCCAUGGGCGCGCCAAGGAUGGAAAUUGUAAUUUUAAUUCAAAAUUUCAAACCUGAAAAUGUGUAGCCAAUCAAUAGAAAGGCGUGUUGGAAACGAAUUUCCUAGAUUGAAAUUUUCUGUUUACCAAUCGUCAAAACAGCAUUUAGACGAAAAUGCUUCUAUUCGGUUGGCAGUCACAAAAAGCUGGACCCCCCCAAAACACAUGCAGAAGAAGAGUUUUUUGUUGUUACAAUUUUGAUGGCUUACGUGGAGGAUCGCUUCAGGUAACGUUUGAAUCGUUAAUUUUACCCAAUAGUAUUUUAGUGUUUCCUUUCAUUUGCUUUUGUUGUUGCAAGACUAUUGCCGUGUUUAAGUUAGCGCACAGAACUGGCGGAUGCGACCUCAGUGAAAACAGAUUUUACUCUUCCUAGUUUGCUUGUUGCACUAGGUGGAUUAGGAUUGAGAUUCACAUGGGUCAUCUAUAUCAUCCGUAACACAUAAAAAAAGUGAGCAAAAACAGCUGUGUUUUGUACACUUUUGACGACCAUGGCAAAGCGAUCCUCCUCCACGCCGAAUGGCGCCCCCUAGCUCUCUCUCUAGUCGCGCGCGCGCGGGUCAUUCGAAAAGAAACCCCCCGAUGCGUGGUGUACCUUUUUUCCUUUUCGUUGUUGUUUUUUAUGAUCGUGGUGUUCUCACGGCAAACGGAUUAAAAUCAUAUUCAUAUCGAGACAUGGGGUUUGGGAGCCCUUUCCUUCCGCUUUCCGCGUGCUCGACGCGAUUUAGCUGCAAGCAAGCAUGAUUUCAAAAAGCAGACAAAUCCUUCCUUGGUACAUCGUGAUGAUUUAAUUUAUUGUCCAGAAAUCGAUUACCACCACCACCGACCGUGUUAUGACCACACAUUGCACAGAUCUCCCUAGCUGCCAACUACCACGAUACACACAGAGCCUUACACUAAGACGAAGCAGAUGCUCGCGAGAUCAAGAUCCACCCCUCCCAUUAUACGUUCAACGUACUUAAAAGGGCGGGGGGCGCAAUGUGUUGUUACUAUGAUCACUGUUUUUAAAACGCGCACACUCCUUCACACAGUUUAGUGUCAUAAUUUUGAGGCAAGCACCUAAUCGUGUAGCAAAUUUUGAUCCCAACCCCAACUUCCUUACACGCGCACCGUUUAAAUGUUCGAUGGGGGGGGGGGGAAGAAGAGGAGAGGUCUUUGCUGUUUUUAUUGUUGUUAAAAGCCUAUGUAACGAAUCCCCCCCAACUGGUCGAUUGGCACCUAAGACACACAUCCGUUGUUGAGAAUCGCUGCGAGAUACGGUGAUGUGUAGAGGCAUGCGUUAAAUUAUUGUUUUAAUGGUAGGAGUGCAUUUUUCACGAACAAGCGCCAGUUUUAUGUGAAGGGAAAAUUGGAAGGAAGAACUGGAGGGGAACACUUCUCCUAGGGCAACACACAAUCGAAAAGCACAGUUUUGUUGUAUGCUUUGGUCGUCAUGUAGAUUUUGGGGGAUGCAUUUCUGCCAAACCCAUCUCGGGCUAGAGCUCGGUAUACAUGAUUGACUUACCGAUGGGCUUGCUAGGUUGGUUAGUAGUAAUUGUGGUUGAAUGAAUUACUCUCAAGAGGCAGUAUGGCAUACCAGCGUGCGAUGUGCAGAGACCAGUGAAGCAGGAAGUGGGCUUGCUGCUUGCAUUGAAUUUUGAAACAAUUUUCUAUUUAUGCCGUUAUUUAUUUGGCGCGUUCGUUCUUACAUGUUUAUUUAUUCAUAUUUAUAUCAAGGUAUAAUAUUCCCCAUUAUGCCACACCAUUUCUGUGCGUUCUAACUUUGCACUAUUAUUGUGUUGCUGCUUACUUUCGAUACAAUGAACUGUAUAAAACACUGAGUGUUCAGUACAU